GCCGGGCCUUGGGCACCGGGCGGGGCGCGCCGCACCAUGCUCGGCGGGGGCUGGCGGAGCCUCGGCACCGCCCUGGUGGCCCUGGGAGCUGGGGCCUUGUUGCGAGCCGGUCCUGGGCAGCUCCGAGCUUUCUUCUUGCACACGGAGCACGAGCAGAGGAAGUCACACACGGUGACGCAAGCCGACAUGAAGGUGGAACUGCUGCCAGCCCUCACGGACAACUACAUGUACCUCCUCAUCGAUGAGGAGACCAAGGAGGCUGCCAUAGUUGACCCUGUGCAGCCCCAGAAGGUUUUGGAUGCAGCCAAAAAGCAUGGCGUGAAGCUGACCACUGUCCUGACCACUCAUCAUCACUGGGACCAUGCUGGAGGAAACGAGAAGCUUGUGAAGAUGGAGACAGGGCUGCGUGUGUAUGGAGGAGACAGCAGAGUCGGAGCACUGACACAGAAAGUGUCCCACCUUACUUCACUCAAGGUGGGAUCUCUUAAUGUGAAAUGCCUCAGUACGCCGUGUCACACCUCUGGACACAUCUGUUAUUAUGUGACUAAGCCAAAUAGCUCCGAGCCACCUGCAGUUUUUACAGGUGACACCCUGUUUGUGGCUGGCUGUGGGAAGUUCUUUGAGGGGACUCCAGAGGAAAUGUACAGAGCAUUGAUUGAGAUCCUGGGCAGCUUGGACCCCCAGACGAGGGUUUACUGUGGCCAUGAGUACACCAUCAACAAUCUCAAGUUUGCUCGACAUGUUGAACCCAAUAAUGCUGCUGUUCAGGAAAAGCUUGCUUGGGCCAAGGCCAAGUAUGACAGCGGGGAGCCAACCAUACCCUCCACCAUUGAAGAGGAGUUCACCUACAACCCCUUCAUGCGAGUGAGGGAGAAGACAGUUCAGGAGCACGCUGGGCAGACCGACCCCAUUCGAACCAUGGGGGCCAUCCGCAAGGAGAAGGACAACUUCCGAGUCCCCAAGGACUGAGCACUCUGCCUGGGUCACUUUGGUGUCACUUCAGGUGUCCAUUAGACUCUUCAGAUGUUUUAGCAGUUGAACCUUCUAUUGUGGGUGAGAUGUUCAGUCUUCUUUAGGUUUUGAUUUUGAUUAAGGAUAAACCCCAAAGCACUUUGCCCUUGUUGAGAUGUCAUCCAGCAUAUUUAUGUCCUGAUGAAGAGUAUUUAUCCUCCUGCUGCUGGCUCUCCAGCUGUCCCAUGCAGCUUGGCUCACAGGUGUUGGUACGUGGCUCAGGGCCUGGGAUGGGGAAGGGUCAAACCUUUGGGUCUAGGAAAAAGCUCCUCUUUUUGUGGGAGGCAGAUGUGAAGGGAGAUGGUGGUACUGAUUUGUCUUCAUGUUAAACAGAGACAGAAACAGCAACUGCAUCUGCAGCCGAAGGUUUGACUUCUCCAUGCUGCUGCCUGAGUCUAUUGCUUCUGGCUCCACUAAAACCAGUUCUCAGUGACAGACCCACUCUGCCACCACCAGCUCAAGGCUGGCUUUGUGCAAUAUGCAGGGUGGUCUGGCUCUGGGAACAGCACAUGGGAGCUGCUCAGCUUUCCUCUUCUCUCCAGCUUGUGGGCUGCAGUGGCUCCUCCAGGCACUAUGCUGGCUUGGAGACCACCCUGCUGCUUAUCCCCUCCUGCUCUUCGCUGAAGUCUGUCUGCAUGGACCUGCUCAUUGCUCCUCAGUGUCACCUAUGUGUUACUGGGAUCAGUGCCACCCAAAUGGAGAAGACAUUUCCCUACUGCUUCAAAACCCCAAGAAGAGCUUCUCUAGUGCCUCACUGCAUGAGAUUCUCCAGCAGAUGCCUCUCUGCCCAUAGCCAGCAUGACUGCUUUGUACCUUUCUGUGAGUAAAGUGGCAAAUGAGCAUUUCUUAGCUGAGUGCUGCUCCUCAGUGAUGGGACAGCUGAGGUGGAGAGCACUGGCAGGAGCCUCCAUCUCCUGGGCCUGAGUGACAGCAGACACUGGGGUUCAUCACCCACUCUGCAGCCUGCUCCAGAGAGAUCCCAGAGGUGACAUUAUAUAUAGUACAGUGUAUGUAAGGUUGGACUCAAUGAUAUUAAAGGUCUCUUCUAUCCAAAAUGAUUCUGUAGUGAGGGUGUCCAUAUAUUAACAGACAAAGCAGGGCUCAGAUCACUGGAUUGGAGAUUAAGAACAAUUUCUUUGCUGCAGGAGUGGUCAGGUGUUGAAACUGGCUGCCCAGAGAUGUGGCAAAAUCACCGUCCCUGGAAGUGUUGAAAUGUGUGCACAGGGCACUUUGGGCCAUGCUUUAAUGGCCAUGAUGGCAUUGGGUUAGUGCUUGAACUUAAUGAUCUCAGAGGUCUCUUCUCCCACUGGAACAGUUUAUGAUUCUCUGUUGGUGAGUGACACCACGAUGGAGCCUGUAACCACCUGAGUGUCACCGGUGUGGCUUUGAUCUGCUGUUCCAGCUACCGUGCUGGCUGGCAGGGUGUUGGGCAGGACCUGGGGUAGCACCAGCCCUUUAUUUGCUUUAACAAAAUACAUUUGCUGUAGUUUGGGAAGAAAAGUGGUACCUGAAACCUUUCUGCCUCCUCUGCUUCAGUGCUGUGCUGCUUCAGGGGCGCCUGCCUCUCUUUGACAGGGGAGCAAAUAGACAGCUGCAAAGCCAGUGGUGGUGGGGAAGAGGAGGGGGCUUUGUCUUACAAGAUUCUUUAUCUCCUUAAAGAUGUCUUUAUCUCA